GAGACAGCUUAGUAUAUAAAUAUAGAACCCAGGCACUUCUGCACUCUUGACGACGACUAGAACGCAACAUCGUUGACCCAACUCGCGUGUCUCACCCACAAAUGCAAGCUUCGUUCAGUCCUCAGGAGCAAGAGCUUAUAGAUAAGCUUAGAGACAAGUACGCUGGGCAAAGGGCGGAGCAAGAGGUUGAUACAUCGUGUUUACAAUGUACCGCGGGCGAUGGGGCAUUGUCGACGGCACCGACAGGCACGGGUGCCGGGGGCGUCGCGCGUGCCUCCUCCAACGUGGACGCGUCCGUGUGCACGCAGUGCCACGGCACCGGCACCAUCGUGGAGAUUUACAACCAUAGGCGCCUGGAGAACUAUUGUCAGAACUGCGAGGGCCGCGGCGUGCGCCUCUUCAAGAAUGGCGUGGAGGUGAAGGAGGGCCCCAAGGCGGCCUCGACGGCCGCGCUACCGCCGGGGGCUCUCAACAGCAGCAACGUCAAGCCGCCUGCCGGCAUCACGGAGAUGCAUGAGCGGGCGAGCCGGGAGCAGGGUGACGAGGGCGAGCAGGGCGGCGCCAGCUCGGCGGAGCGGGCGGCGGCGUUGCACGCGGACCUGAAGCGGAUAGCAACGCGGACGGCGGCAUACACCAAGGAGCGGCUGGAGGCCAUGCAGGUGGUCAAGGGCCCGGCGCCGCCCAAAUGUGCUGACCCGGCGGGCCGGCAGGCGGCUGCGCAGGCGCUGGUGGCGGCGCUUGACCAGCAGCUGGAGAAGCUGGAGAUGGCGCGGCGGCGGAAGGCGGCGGCGUUGGGGCGGCUGGAGGUGCACGGCGGGGAUGGCGCUGGUGCUGCUGGCGGCGCGACGCUGCAGGAUGUGAUGGAUAACGGGGGCAGCGCGUGAUUGCGUGUGGGGCUGGUGGUGGUAGGGGUGCGGGGUGAUUGGGCGUGCGGGGUGUGGCAAGGGACACGCGGGCACAGGUUAGCGGCUUGCAGGGACCUGGAAGGGAGCUAGCAGGCAAUAUGCAGAUGAAGUGGAUGAGCUGGCUGGUCGUGCUGACGGCGCUGACGCAACCGCGCCACCCGCGCGGGCAAGCAGCUGCCGCGGGUGGCCCCUGGUGGCCGCUGAUGGCCGGCUUAGAGCAAGCAGCUGGCGCUUCAAGCUCGAAAGCUGGGCUCAAUGCCUGCAGGAGCACUGAACAGAAUGCGUUCAAUUCUUCGUUGGAUGGUAACAUGGCCGUAACGGGGACCGCCCCAUACCACCCCGUUUAGAAGAUCUUUCCGGCGCGGCGUUCAGGGCGUGGUCGUGUCAGACACAGUACGAUAUCGAAUGUCCCGCGGAAUGGCGGAUCCCAGCCGUGGGGACGUAGCUGAUGCAGGUGCUAAUGAAGAUGUCAGCGCAACUUGAGUCGCGCUAGGAUGCGUGGGUUGGGCGUCGAGGACCUGGGCAUGGCCGUGCCGUGCACCAUUGUUGGUGCGCGUGCAUCGAGCCCGAUGAUGGGAAACCUGAGGGACACGCGUAAUUCUAGGA